CAUUGAGUUGUCUCCUCUAAACACCAUCUACAAUGGCCACAUCGACAAAUAUCUGGGCUACUACAACUUUUUCUUCAUCCGAGAGAGUACAUCAAUCAAAGAAUAUGGAGGUGUGGGGGGGUUCAUGCAGAGCUUUCUCCUGGAGGUGAUGGCCAUCGUCCGGGCCCAUGUGGCAGCUCUGGGAGGCAACGCUCUUGUGGCCUACAACAUGUCUCAGUGCGUCCUGGAGAACAACCCGCACAAGAACCAGGGUCAGUGCCUGAUCAAUGUCAGCGGUGACGUGGUGUCAGUAAUGUAUGACGACAGUGACAGGGAAGCCUUGUUUGACAUGCCAGUCCUGGUUCCUUCAACAGCCUCUUGA